AUACCGUUAAUGUUUACUUUUGGCGGCCAAAUUAAAUCCCAAAAUGUAAAGAUGUCAGUAAGAAUUUCAGGCAAAAAUGCCCUCUUUAGACGAAAGUAAUAUCUUUCAAGAUACUUUAGAGUAUUUUGUUAACGGGGGGAAAAUAAAGAAAAGAGGCAAUGUUGAACUGUCCCUUGCCCUGAAGACUCUGGAAGAUGUUUCCAAAAGUAAAGGCUUAUCUCCUGAGGACAUCAUCAGCUUGAUCAAGGUUGCUGCCAGUGGUUAUCAUGGUGAUGUUAUAAGUUGCAAGCUGAUUAAAUGCCUGGUUCCGGCCUCACAGUUUCCUGUGCGAGCUGUGGAGUUGGCUUUGUCCUUCAUGUGUACAAGUAAACCAUCCAACAAAGUACAGGCUACACUUCUGAGGUUGCUAAUAGCAGUGUAUGACUACAUAGAUGAAAAGGAGACUGUCCAAAAACUAGGCUACCUGUUGUUUUAUUUCAUUGAGAAUACUGUCCUGACACCAUACGUCUGUCAUCUGCUGUACCUGUUAACAAGGAAAGAAGAUGUUCGACUUUAUAGGGUCCGAAAGCUGUUGGAGCUACAAACUAAACUUGGCCCACAACCCUACCUGAUUGGUUUGUUGUCAAUAUACAAACUGUACUUUCCAAAUUUGGUGUCUAUAGUCAUUCCUAAUACUAGAAAGCAAUUUUUUCCGACCAGAGAUCGACAGUGGUACGCUGUGAUCAAGGAAGUACAGGAAAGGAACCAAGCUGCCGACACAGCUCACAUGAAGUCGUCCCUGGAAUUAUCGGAGAAGCUACAGGCUGCUGAACUCUCCAUGCUUCAUGGAAUACCGCCUGCAAAGAGAAGAAAGGUGGAUCCAAUUCCAGUGGUGCACUCAAGCAGUUCCAAACUGACCGUCAAGCUGUCCAGUCGACUGAUGGCUAUGCUGGAGGAGAAACCGCUGCCCUUCAUCCAAAUACAAAACAUUGAAACCUUGUUAAAGAAUCCAGACAGAGUAGAGUUGCCGAGUCAGAUGGGAGCUGCUCUCCGGAGUCCCUUACUGCAAUGCUUCAUGUCUUACAAUGCUGACCCUCUCAUGACGAGUCGAUUCUCUUACUGGAUCCAGGACACUCUGUGUGAGAAAUUACUAUAUAGCACUCAAACUCCAGCCUGCUUCCCAGAAAUUGAGUCCAUACUGAAGAAAUUGAUACAGUUCACUGAAUUUAUUCAGGAAGGCAUACCAGUGGUAGAUAAGGUCUUGUUUCGAUAUCUUCAGAUCUGGAACGGACUUGAUUUCAGACAAGAAAUCUUCAGACUUGUGUCUAGGUGUAGACUCUAUCCUUUUUCAGUGUUGAAUGAGAACAUUUUAGAGCCUCUAAGGAAGCUGUUUGUCAGAACAUCAGUGUUCAUUAAGUGCCAGGUGAUGCUGUGUUUGACCCAGCUUUUACAGAACUAUGCGAUGGUGGAAAUCCCAAGAUACAAUCAGAAAUAUCCGGAGGCUAAGCCAGGAAUCUCGGUGUUUGAGGACGACAUUGGUAUGUUUGACCCCCUGACCUCAGUGAUAGAGCUGAUUGGCUAUGUGGAUAGACUGGCCAGUGUGGGACUGGCGCUGGAAAACGAUCACAACAUCCUUCUCCACUUCACACUCAGCUUCUACGAGUUGGUGUCCACGCUGCAUGCCAGAUAUGGCCUUCCGUUUGUGUAUUUGCCCAGUCGACACAUGAUCAGAGCUCUUCUGUGUGACAACGCCACGGGUCCUGCUAGACUGUGUGGAGUUAUUAACAGCUAUAAGAGUAACUGUCAGAUGUUGAAGGAUGACGCGACCAAUAAUGAGAUAGAAAUCCCAGGAUACCAGAAGAAGGAGACGAUUCAUAGCCUCAACAUCCUCAUCCUGGACCUCUGUGAUUCUCUGUGGAGAAGGAAGGCCUUCAGUCACGGCAGAAAUGACUCCUAUCUGAACUUUGACCUGGAGCAUCUGGCCACAGAAGCCAGUGAUGGACUCUCUCUGUACCUGCAUCAGGCCUUCCUGCCUUUCGCUUUGUUAUUUCUGAAGGAGACACAGCCAAAAGAAGAUAUUGGUCAUCCAAAAGGAAUCAAAAAUGUUCGGGACAUGUUUAUGGAGUUUUUGCAAAGGGAAAACAUUGGUGAAAUAAAGGAUUUUAUUUUAAACACAAUUACACGAUACAGGAACUCAACUUCGGACACCAAGAACAAAGUCUAGCUAACCUCACCAUUCAUCACUAAAUUCGUUUCUUGGAGGUGGAAACAUCAUAACCGUCUGGGGACAAUUCUUUAAAAAUUGUGAACAAAUAGCUUAACGAUGAAUGAGAGUUUAGAUAUUAAGAUAUUAUCAUAAUAUUUCCAGUCAAUAUUUAUUAGUUUAUUUUUUAGUUGGUCGGUUUAUGAUAAUGCCUUGUUGUUGCCACACAAGCUAAGAAAAUCUUUGUGCUAACCUGAUCUUGUAAUGGGUAGACAAAAAUCAAAUGCUUGUUGUCCAUUGUAUUACAUCAAGUUUUACCUUUUUUUUCAUAUUGUUACACUACCUGAAAGAAACACUAUUGAUAUAAAUUUUCAGGUGCUUUUGAUCAUGUGCCUAUUUAUUCUUUGAAUCUCAUUUUAAUAAAUGUACAGUGAAUCCCAUUUCACUCGUUUUUUGGGGUUUUU